AUGGGGCAAUGUGUGUCCCGGGACCAUCCGGGCCCGUACGCGUUCUCGCGUCACUAUGACGCAGAGAGCCUUGCUAGCAGCAUCAGCGGGAGCACGCGCAAAGGUCACUCUGAGUCGAAGGGUGCAAAGAAGAGGGAGAAAAGUGCAAACGGGAAUGGCAACAAGCAAACCCGGGGCGUCGCUACAUCUUUUGGUUUCCGACGUCGCCCCGCCAGCACAUCGCGAGCCGAUGACAAUGCGCGCAGGAAGCAGAAGUCACACGAUAAAAAUGGAAAUGGAGGUUCAACGGAAGAUCUUCGUCCAGAAGAGGUGUUGUCCGGUCGUUCGACGCCCCUCGCACGGCCACGGAAGGAAAUAUCGGGGCAACCACUACGUACAAAUAGGUUCGGUUUCAGGCAACCGCACAGCAAAACAGCCAAGGUGGCCGACGUGAAAGUGCCUGCUGAGGAGGCAUUCAGCGCACCAGUUAAGGAUAAGGAAACCGCCAUCAAUAAUAAUACGUUAGAUAAGAAAAGUACAAACCACUAUAACUUGCCACUCCUGGCCACCCAGGUGUCGUCCAACGGUGUUACAAAUAUCGUGGGUGCCGGUGGGGUGCCUAAGCCUGUCACAAAACAAACGGUUAUACUGACCUAUCAGCCACAGCAGUAUCCUCACCAAGACAUAAGAAAGCCACCUAGAGCGGAGCUUUCCGGUUCUAGAGCUACCUCAACCCCUCGCCAGGCCGUAGACCCUCAGAAGCCUCCUGGGAAAUACACCUUCCAAACCAAUCAACUGCCGAGACCUCAGUAUCCCUCUGUGAAGACUAUCGAUUCUAAAAGUGCAAAGCAAGUAGUCAAUAAUACAAGGAAGGCCGGCGCUAUCGACGGAUGGAGAGAAGGAGCCAGUUCAGCAGUGUCAUCGGACUCCGGGGUGUGGACGGGUGGCGAGGGCGGAGACCUAUCACCGCGCUCGCGGCACCGGCCUCGCAACCUUGAGAUGGUGAUGCGUGGGUCUCACAACUUCCACCUACGAGAGCUGCAAGUUGCUGACUUGGAUAUAAUGGAUGAAGCUGUUGUGACAGGCCAUGCGGUCAUACCUCUACCGAAAUUACCAAGUUCAUUCAACGACGAAUCGUCCCCGGAGAGUGAACCAAUCCCCACGUACAUGCCACCGUCUCCCAUCGCUCCUAAACCCAUGCCCAUACCAGAACCCAGCCAAAGUCAAAACUCACCCAUGUCUACCUUAGAACGCUAUAGAAAUAGAAGUAGGCCCAGUAGAAUUCAAACUAAUUUUGAGUACAAAGAUGAAGAGAAGUUAUUAUUGGACAGAGCACAACCAGAAGUACUUAAUAAACAGAAAUCAUUUAUAAUGUCCUCAAGUGGAGUGGCAUCGCCUGCCACCGUAGACUCUAGUAAGGAAUCCAGUCCGUCUUGUAAAAGCGAAGCCAGCCAUUUUGGUAACAGUAGCGCAUGGCAAACCAACGCUGCUGGUGAAGCUAUGGCUACAAGGUCUCAAGACGACGUAUCAAUUGCGCUCAGCGUGUCCAGUUGCGAGGACGACAAAUCUAAACUAGAAAUAAAAGAACCCGAAAUAGAAGUUAAGAGGGUUGAGGUAGAAGUUCCAACAAAAACUAUAGUUAUAGCGGAUGAACCGCCCGUGCCACAUCCAUUACUGAUGAAAUCGCUUACUUUGAGCCAACAUGAUUCCCUUCGAGGCACUAUGAUGGGUUCAAUGACAAGUUCGAACUACAGUACGACUAGUACAUGCACAAACCAGAGCGCAGAACACAACUUGACGCUCACACUCGAAGAAUCCAAAUUUGAUAUAUCUGCUCUUGAAACAUCAACACAAAGUCUACUUGAUGACGAGACUUCCCCAGCCGAUAGCCUGAUAUCAUCUACAAGCACGAGUGACUCAAAUAACGAUUUGCAUGUUGAGAGAGAACCACCUUCAAUUUCAAGUGCAUAUCAAACUGCUAACACAAAGACUAGAACUCCAGAACCAAUAAUGGAAGACGAGGAUGAUAGAGUUGAUGGUGAAAUUCUACAACCAGUGAAGGAAGGAAGUAGUGACGGCUCAGGAAGCGGCGAAAGUGGUGGCAGUAAGGACGUAACUCCACCUUCACCUGGUACUCCCACUCAUGCAUCCGGAUCAUUAUCCCUCUCCGAUGGAAGAGACUUCUUCGACGAUGAAAUUGCCGAUCAACCUGCAUUGCUAUUUAGAAAAAACAACCACGGAAGUCCAUCAGUCAAAAGGGCAGAUUCGGACCCAACUAAAAAUCUCAGAAAAUCGAGAGACCACGUCUUGUCAAGUCCACAAACUCAACGGAGUCGAAAAUGCACAGGUCGCAACCCGGCAACUGAAAGAACACCAUCCCUAGAUACUCUCUCAAGCCUCGCUUCAGAUGAUCUCAUGAUGGACAACGACUUGGCACAAUCCAUCUCCAGCCUACAAAGCGUCGACGAUUACAUCGAGAGGCUCGACAGCUCGUUCCGCAGUGGUCUCAACUCGCUGGACGAAAGGCAGUUCCACCAGGAAUUAUCCAGCUCGAAGACAGCUAUCCGGCAGUGGAGCCAACUGUUGGAGAAGAACAACUUGCUGGACAGGCAGCUGGCUGCGAUGGCGCAAGGGAAGAUCGCCUCAGACUCUCUCACUGAGAGCACGACGAGUCUUAGCAAAUUAGGGGCCAGUCUUCCCGUCCGCACAGCUCGCCUUCUCCAGCGGUCGCGCACACAGACGCCGUCCGACGCCGGCAUCAGCGACGGUAGCACUUCGCCGGCGCCAGCUCCGUCCUCGCUGCUACAAGAUGUCGUCGACAUCAAGACUUUGCUUUUGCAACUGAAGCGGGUCCUACAGGAGCCCGGGGAGGAGCAUCAUUCGAUGAGUAGUGAAACUCUCGACCCGUUGCUGGCGGCGUGCGCGGAGAGCCCCGCGCGCGGCAACGGGCGCCGCCCCCCCGCCUCGCCGCUGCACCCAGACGCCUGCGCAGAAAUGCGCCGACAGAUAGUCUAUCUGCAGGGCCAACUGGAGGAGCGCGACCGACUGGUGCGGGUGUUACAGCAGCAAAUGCUGCGCAUGGCGGAGAGCCAUGAGCCACGGGCUGAUGACACCUGCAACGUCGCCACGCAGACGGAUAGGUUGCGGCCACCGAUCGGCACCACACUAACAAGUUCUGAAAAUUCCGGAUUAGUGAGUUGGAAUGAACAAGCUAGUGGGAGGAAGCUGCCGUCGUAUAGUGAAGCACAAAAGACAAAGAGGCCUGCCACCAAUGGGACCGCGAAAUGUCAGUGCGGUGCGAGAAAAGUGAACGGUGUGACGAAUGACGAGAACAGACUGACGGACAGUAGAACGGACUCGGUUCAUCUCAAGUCAAAUAGUCGAGUCGGAUCCAAAUACCUUCAAGCCUUAGCAACUAACACGGAGAACAGAAGAUACAUUAAACGCGAUUCAUCUUUAGGCGAGAAAUCUGAACGGAGGAAUCUCUAUUCAGGCCGAUCGCGGUCAAUAGAGAACUUCCACAACCAGCACUAUCUGUCCACUGAGCCAUUGCUAUCCAAAACAGCUGUGAUAGAGGAAUCUUCAAUCAAGCACCACACAUCGUACGGUGAUCUAUACAACGGAAGGAUAAGUAGUAAGGAAAGUGUGAACGGCAACCGGCACAGUCCUAGUUUAAACGGUCAGUCGACAGAUACAGAUUACAGCUCAGAUGGUGGAUACAAGUCCCUGCCGUCGUCGAUAAAUUAUAAUGGAUGCUCGCCCAAAAAGGUGAGCGGUAUACCAAGGAGGUCUAUAGAACAAAAACUAGUUACUCCAAAGAAGGUCAGGGCGAGCGCAAUCUAAAUCCACUUCGCUAUUUGGCGUAUUAUCAUUUUCUUUCAUCUUCAUCGUGCAUCCUAGAAAUCAUAUAUACAAGCAAAAUAUCAUAUAACACAAAAUUAAAUUUAACCGCCACGUAAUAGUAAUUAUAAUAUCGUUAGUUCUUUUUUGUUUAAGUGGUGAAUUAAUCGGGAGUCUUUGUAGCUAUGUUUAAUGAAAAUCCUUCCAAGACGGCCGCCGCCAACUCGUAGCGAGCUGUGGAAAAAAGGAAAUUCGACCUUUUAGCGUUGGCGGCCAUCUUGGAUUUAAAAUUUUUCAUAGUUAUUAGUAACUUGACCAGUAGCGCGCUUUCAUUUGAAACCCAUAUUGUGGGAGUUUUGGAAAACUGUGUUAUGAAAAGAAGGAAGAAUUUCAAUCAAACAUAGCUAAGAACACUCCCGAUUAAUUCACCUUUUAAAAAUAAAAAAAAAUAAAAAUUGGUUGGUCCGUUCGGGAGGUACGAUGACACAGACAGACACGUUUAUAACACUCCGUCGUUUUUUCGUCGGGGUUUAAAAAUGGAAAUGCAAGAUGAAGGUGCAAAAAAAGUGAUAACGUAGCUACAGGCACUAAAUUAAAGCAUCGGCCACAUCGUGACGGAGAGCAUUGCAGGCCAAUAUAAUGAUCACCAUUCCCAAGUUUAUGUAAGAUUAAUCACGAUGCAGUCGAUGAAUUAAUAAUUUUGAUGAUUGAUGUACAGCUGUGUGAGACACUCUAGGAUUUCCCCUUAUUUUAUACGUCAUGUCAGUCGUUACUGGGCGCGUAAUUAAUAUUGUGUUGUGAAAUUCGACACCUCGUUGAAUGUCAUAAAAAAUCAAGGCGUAUUUCGAUUUCACAAUUCGUGAAUUAGAUUCCCGAGAGUUAAACACAGCUGUGUCAUCUUCGAAUGCUACCUAUAUCAGCAAGACGCCAGUGCAAGGCAUGUACGCAUUUAUAUCACUCGCAAGGCUUACAUUAAGAUUUUACGUUGUGGAUGCCAAAUUAUAAUCUUAAUAAUAUCGUUAAAAUAUUAAAUUCACAGUUGAAUGUUCAAUUUUUCGAUGUUUGACAUGAAAUGUUUAUUAUUCCAUUUCGUAGCCGAUUGCUUUGCGCAAUUUUUUUUUUAUACAUAAGCUAUCUACUAUUUGACCCCUACUGUACAUGACAGUUAGCGGAUAUACUUGAACCGGGAGCUAUUUUUUGUAGAUUUUAAUUUACGAAUUUGUAUACAGGCGAUAAAAUGUUAUCUUAGGUUUUCUAUUGUAGACAUACUGGUAGUUAAUGCUGUAUAGCGGAUUUAUCUCACGAAAACCGUUCAGCCUCGGUUAUAGUAAUACAGUAUACUGACAAGCAUAUUUAUAUAUGUAAACCUAAGCAAUGUGAAUAGAAAAAUGUAAAUAUGUUUAUUUUUAAGACAAUUUUGCUAAAAUACCUGACAAAUAAUCAAAUUCUGAUUCUUAUCUUGAAGUAAUGAAAUAAUAAAUUUGAGAACAUUCAUUAGUAAAGCUAUAUUUGUAUGUAUACUAUUAACAUAAUUUCACAAUCAGAUUAUUACCUCGCUACGAACUAUUUGCAUUUAGUAGCUAACGGUAUUCGAUACUGGAUUGAUAAGAGAUUCUGAUAUUAAGUCCAAACUAUUAGUGUGCAAUGUGCGUAUAUGCACACCCACUACUGGAGCUAUUUAACAGUCUUCGUGAGAUAAAACAACUGUAAGAUGUGAUAAGAGUGGCUGUAAGAACUUGACUUUAAUUUUGUCAUCCUUACCUUUGAAUUUAAUAAUGAAUUGUAUAUUGUCAGAUAGUUUUUCAUUCAUAAACUAUUUAUUCCUAUAUCGAUUUAUUCCUUUUCCCCAUUUAAUGUUUUUUAGACACAGGAAUAGUUAGGUAUCAAAUAGGUACAAGCUAACACGCUUAAAUAAGGCAUUUUUAUAUCCCCAAUGUCAUUUUGAGAGCAUUUGUCUAAUGAAUUUUAAUGUUAAAUGUACUCUAGUGUUUUGAAUAUAGUGAAAUUGUAAUCUUCCAUUGAACUUUAAUAUUUAGCACUGUCAGGAUCUCUUGUAACAAUAAAUAUUAGAUCUACCAAUUUUUAAAAUUUAACCAAAACCAUCGAUUUAAAUGCUGUACGGUUUCAAAAGGGAACCUUUUUUGUUUACAAAUCUGAAAGUAAUAAACACAAAGAAGAACAUACAGAAACCGUGUAUCCUAUGAAAUAAAUAUAUACUCAAUAUUUCAAAAUCAUGGAGUUAAUAAUAGGGCGCAGUUUAGACUACAAUGCCUGUUUUGCAAUCUUAUCUGAUCUUAAAAUUAAGCAUUGAACAUUUUGUGACGUAGUUUUUGACAGAACUUCAUAUAUGUAAACAUAAAUUGCUUAAGACAUAUUAUUGCUGAUAUGCAAACAUAAAUUGUUUAAGACAUAUUAUUGUAUAUUAAGAUUAAAAAUUUUGAGUUUGUUUUAGUGACGUAAAAUUUGUCACUUCUGUAUACAAACUAAAUUCAGUUCUAGAAACUAUAAAUUAUGGUUUCGAAACACAUAAGUAUACUAAUUCUAGGAGUAGGUAUACUGCGAUCGAAAUCAUGAUAACCCAAGAAAUGUAAUUUGUGACGAAAAAUUUGACGUAUCUUAGUUACACGAACUGUUGAGUAUGACGUCAUAAAUUGAAGUUACAAGUGUGAUACCUAUAGUCCGACAAGCUUAUCUGGCCCGGUGACAGAUUUGCUUUUAUCGCAUGCGAAAUGUCAGAGACUAGCAGGUCAACCGACAUCUCUACUUAUUAUGGUGUCAAUUAGUGUAAUUUUUGGCUACCGGGCCAGAUGAGUUUGAUGUACUAAAUGAUUUUAAAUCAUAAAGAAUCGAGCCCAAGAAGUUUAACCUAGAACUUGUAAUGGUGAAAUGGUCUUUUUGCUUUCCAAUUGAUUAACUUUUACACUACUAACAGUGACAACUCGCACGUUACAUCGCGAUAUCGCGAUAAUUACAAGUUUUGGAUCACAAUGCGACAAUCGCAAGUUCUGUGCUAAAGCCAGAGAGUUCCAGCUGCACCGGCUACAUUAGCCCAUGUUUGUAAUAGAAACCAGUGUUACAAGAGCUCCGGCAGGUCGUAACCCAGCGAAAUGCGAAAGCAUAACAUCCUAUAUUGAUACCUAGUGUUAUCGUAUUGUAACGUCAUGCAUACGCAUACAAUCGUGUACUUAUGCUACUUAUAUGUCGGUUUAUUGCGUUAUAUCGCUCCUCUAUUACUUACUUAGACCUUAGUUAUAUAAGUCAGAGCCCACUAGCUUUAGUAACAAAUAUAUACCUAUUAAUUUAAAAACCAAUAUUUGUUUCAAUAAAUAACUUUAAUUUUUA